UGUUGUCAGGAACAUCUCGGGGGAAAAUCAGAAUGGCAAGUUCCAAACUAACCGAGUAACCACCAAUCAUUGCUCAUCAUUUCCAAUAAUGAAGGCAACAUAUGCAAUAGAAUAAUCCAGGAAGUAACAUGCACAGAACUUUGAUAGUGACUCAUAAACCACUAACUAGCUUUCUUCAAGCUCACUUAAAACACCCAAAAAAGAUGUUUAGACUUGACAGAUAAUGAACCGAUCUUCCAAUAUCGUUAAGACCUCUGUCACGAUGUCGGCGUCCCAGAAAACGAUUGGCAUAAAAACGUUUUACUGGGUGGGACACGCAUCUAGAUUUACUUCUCAAGUUCGACGAGGUAACCAACCGCAACAAUUAGGUAACUGGGAGCAGCUGAAUAAAAGGAAGGCAACGCUUGUGACAAAAGCAAAAACCAUCCCUUCCUCCCUACUCAACAAGAUGCAGAAAAGACCAACCAGAACAGCCACUUUCAUCAAAAACCCAAUACACCUAAAUGAGAAGGAUGUAAUUGUAUUGUUGUGUUGCUCAAAGGUGAGAGAAGAAAAAACAAACAAUGCCACCGGAAGUACUUCAUUUUCGUCCUCUCUUACCACCCCUAGUUCAACUUUCUUCUCCAGUCACAACUCAACCACAGGAAAAUCAACCUUCCGGUCACAAAGUGUCCCAGGAAACCAAGAGAAUGGGCCUUACUAAAAGGGAACUCAUCCCCAUACUUGUUCUGAUUCUUUCAGUCGUGUCAGUUAUCAGACUUCUGAGCAUCAUCGUGAGUACUUCAUCUUCCUCCCAUGGCUCAUCGGGUCUGUAUCCAGGCACUCAACACCGUAGCUUCACCCUAAAUGCGCCUGAAACUGGAUCCUCAAAGAAGCCUAGAAGACCUCCCCGCGUCACCACCCUAACGAAAAAGGAAUUCAGAGUCCUGUCAAACCUCAUUGCCCAGAAAGUCCCCUGCAACAUCCUUAUAUUCGGGUUUCACUCCCAAUACCUUACCCUCUCUUCAUUGAAUGCAGAUGGUAGCACUAUCUUCCUGGAGGAUGACCCUCAUAAGAUAAGCAAGGUAAGAUUUACCUCGAACAACACCCGAAUAUACAGAACUGAGUAUAACAUGUCAGCAAAAGACGCCUACGAACUGCUCAAGGAAGCGAGGCAGAACUCAGCUUGCGCGCCCACUAACCCCAAAAUGCUUCGAAAAUCAAAAUGCAAACUUGCAUUGAAGAAUUUGCCAGCAGAAGUGUACGAAAAGAAUUGGGAUGUUGUGGUAGUAGAUGGACCCAAUGGGGAUUCGCCGGAAUCACCAGGCAGGAUGGCACCGAUUUAUACAGCCAGUGUUUUGGCGAGAGCAGCGAAUGUCUCCAACGUGGUAGUGCACGAUGUAGAUCGUACCAUAGAGAAAUGGUUUUCUUGGGAGUUCCUUUGUGAUGAGAAUUUGUUGCAUUCCAAAGGAAAAUUGUGGCACUUUAGGAUAAAUCACUUCCAUUCCACAAGAUUCUGCACUGAUGGAACACAAACCAAGCAGAAGAACCAUUCUGCACGUGACAGAGAUAGUAAAACGAGUUCGAGGGAUCUCAAAAGUCAAUGAGCAUAAAUCACCUUAAACAAGUGCCAAAGGACUACCGUUGAUGCCUUGGCAACCUUUGUUUGGCCCAGGAUCACUCUAGCUUGCAUGAUUGUAAGUGACGAUUAGAGAGGAACUCGAACAAUCACUCCUACCUCGCUGCUAAGUCCGAGCGACGCAAGAAUAGCUCAUUCAGCUCAUAUGGGCCUGAGAAGCAGAAGCAUUUUUUAUUCUUUAUAUUGUAUUUUUUUGGGACCAAACUAGAAGCUGAGUCAAACCUGGCAUGCCUAUUAUUUUUGUUAUUAUUACUACUAUAAUUAUUAUUUUGUAAAUUUAUUGUCAUGGAGCGAUUGAGAGCGGAUAUUAUUUGUAUUCUUGUAGAUUCGACAAGCACAUUUUUAGCACAAAUACUGACUAAUUACUU